AUGACAGGCAGAGGUGGAGGUGCAGGUCGAAAGACCCUUCUGGCUCCAAUCCAUUUUAUUUUCAAACUCCUACAGCAGAGAUCCGUUGUUUCAAUAUGGCUCUAUGAACAGCUGGCGAUCCGGAUAGAAGGGAAAAUUCGGGGAUUCGACGAGUUUAUGAACCUGGUCGUCGAUGACGCGGUCGAAGUUCGUUUGGCAACGAAAACAGAGGAUGAAAAACGCAGACAACUUGGUAUGAGAGAUUACGAUUACCCAUUCGUUGAGGCGCUCGCUUCGUUAUCUACACAACGCUUACCUACCGUGCAGGUCAAAUUUUACUCAAAGGCGACAACGUUUCGUUGA